AUGAAGUUCUCUGCAUCUUUCGCGGCUUUCGCCGCUGGAGCUUUCCAAGUCGUAGCUGGUCAAACAGUCUACUUCGCUGGUGACUCCACCAUGGCAAUAAGCGGCGCCAACGACGGUGCUACCGACGGCUGGGGCAACUACAUCGGCAGAUACCUAAAGGUCAACGCCGUCAACAAAGCCAUCGGCGGCCGCUCAGCCCGAUCCUACACCAACGAAGGCCGCUUCAACGAGAUUAUCAACCUCGUCAAGCCCGGCGACGUAGUCGUUAUCGAAUUCGGCCACAACGACGGCGGUUCACCCAACAAGAACGACAACGGCCGCUCUGACUGUCCCGGCACAGGCAAAGAAGUCUGCACCUCUGACAAGACAGGCGAAAAGGUGUACACCUUCGUCUUCUACCUCUCACAAGCUGCAAAGGCGCUCGUUGCCAAGGGCGCUCAUGUUGUGCUUAGCACACAGACUCCUAACAACCAGUGGGAGACUGGCAAGUUCGAGCCUGGUGCGCCUCGAUUUGUGGGAUAUGUUCCCAUUGCGCAUAGGGCUCUGGCUAGUUCUAGUGUUACUUGGGUUGACCACUUUGCUGCUGUUACCAAGAUGUAUCAGAAGCUUGGUAACCAGAAGGUUAACAGCUUGUACCCCAGGGAUCACACUCAUACUAGCCCCGAGGCUGCGGAUUUGAUUGCCAAGGCUUUUGUUCAGGCUAUCAAUGAGGAGAUGAAUGGACGAACUGGUCUUAAGUCUUUGAUCAAGACUCCUGUUACCAACGUCUACUAG